AUGGCUUUGGUUACAUAUUCAGACUCCGAAGGAGACUCUGAUACUGAAACGAAGCCCGUUGAGCAACCUAAAGCGCCCCGCCAGGCUCCAAGCUCUAGCUCCAAACCCGCGUUCAAGCCGCUGGUUGACCGUGGCAACCCCAGAAAAAUCCUUGUGAACCUCUCGGAAGCCAAACCCAGCGAUGGAACGGAUUCAGGGCAGGAUAAAGAAGAUGGCCCUGCGAGAAAACGACUUCGUACUGGAGGCGGUGGAAUAUUCUCCGGAUUUAACGACAUGCUCCCUGCACCAAAAAGAUCCGCGCAGAAACCAGUCGAUAAGUCACAGGCCGGGGUCAAGAAAUCAAAACCUUUUACUUUGAAGACAAGUGCAGAGCCUGGUUUUGACCGCAGCGAGAGAUCGGAUAGCUUCAAUAUAUCUUAUGAUGAGUUCGGCAAACCGUCCAGCGGCCAGGAUACUGCACAAACCCCAUCAGAAGAGGCUUCUCGAACGCCCGUGCCAGAACCUGUUUUUGAAAAAAAGGGGAAUGCGAUGAUGUUCAAACCGCUAUCUGUGGCUAGGAAUAAACCAAAGAGGAAGACGACGGCAGCCGCGCAGCCUGUUUCGACUCCGAAAGUACGGGCUGAAAACCCUCAGUCUCCCGUACAGCCAGAAGCAAGGCCAGAAACGAAACCAAAAGUGAGCCUCUUUGGGCUUUCUAGCGGGGCGGAAAACAUCCCAUCAACCGAAAUCAUCGCUCAAAAUGAACCAUAUGAAUCUAUACUUUAUACAGCGUCGUCAGGGCCAUCAGGGGCACCCGAUACUGAAGUGCCAGAUGACUCGAUAGUGGCAACCACCGCAGCUUACAACAACUCACCUGCACCUGCGGCCUCCAGUGGGCCACAAGAUCUAGCCAGUGUUGCCAGUGAUCUCAAUCUUUCGAAAUCGCAGAUGCGACAGCUGCUAGGACGCGAUCUAAAAGGUGCUUCUAGUAAAGUCAUUAACUUCAACACGGACGAAGAGUACAAGUCCAACUCUGCCUACCUGGCCAACACAUCCGAAGCCGAGCUUGCUGCUCAACAACAUAGACCUGUUAGGACUGUUGCACCUGGAAAGCACAGCCUGCACCAGCUCGUCAAUGCAGUGGCCAGCCAGGGCGACGCACUGGAGGAGAGCUUUGCUACCGGGAAGCGGAACAAGAAAGAGGCGAGCGCAAAGUAUGGGUGGUAG